AUGUCUUUCCGAGCUCCAAAGCGCAAGCACGUUAAAACUGAACGUUACAUUCGUGAUUCAGAUUCAGAAGAAGAGUCCCAAGACGCUUCAGUGGAAUCCAAAAACCAUGCCGGUUCUAAUAUUUCUGUUGAGGAUGCUGUGGACUAUAUUAAAACUUGGCAAAACCUUCGCAAAAGACGAGCUGGUGUUAGCGCUGAGUCUCUUUUCGUUGGAAAGAAGAUUGAACCUGAAUUACUCAUUGAAGAUGAUCCUUAUAAAUUAAAAACUGGUGGUCUUGUAGAAAUGAGAGGCACAUUCCGUAAGCCGAUGAAAGAUGAACUUGAAGAUGAAGUUCGUCUGUCGAAGACAUUUACCGCUGAAACUAACAAACGCGAUGAGGAUGCAGAUAUAACUGCCAUCGACAGUAUCUUGAACGAGAUUCCUGAGGCUCUAAGGCCAAAAAUGGGCCAACAAUCUGAAGACAUGUUAUCCAAUCAGAUGCUCUGUGGUAUUCCUGAAGUUGAUUUGGGUGUUGAAGCCAAAAUGCGUAAUAUUGAAGCUACCGAAGAGGCUAAGCAACGCCUUCUUCAAGAACGUCUCCGUCAGCGGCAGAAACAAGCAGCAGAGGACGCCGACUUAACGCCUUAUAACAUGUCUGUGAAUUUUGUCCAACACAAUCGAUGGAAUAACUACGUAGAUCAAACGUUGCAUAAGGAGCUCUCUGUUCAAGAUGGUGACGCUACGGAUAAAUCAGGUGUUCCUGAAUUGUCAGGCAUUCUUGAUCCACCUGCGAUAGAAGCUGAAAAGCGACGUUUGCAAGCAGAGAAGUCAUCGGAUGCGAAAGUUUUGCAACGAUACAAGAACUACUUGAAUAACAAGAGAGGGCGGUAG